UCUCUCUCUCUCUCUCCCCCUCUUUCUCUCCGUCGGCCUCCCCCUCCCCUUCUGCCAUGGCCCCCCCCGCCUCCGGCCCGGCAUCCCCUGCCGGCGGCCCCGGCGAAACCCUUUCCACCUUGAGUCUGGUCAACAAGCGUGCCCAGGUGGGACAGCUGUCGCUGUUGCGCUGCUUCGAUGUCGACCGGUCAGCCGAGGCCACGGCCGCCACUGGCGGCCUUCUGCCUCUCGGAGCGAGUGACGGCUUCCAAACGCCGGCGCCGGCCACGGCCGCCUCGCUGGCCAAGUCCAGCACCACGUCUGGCAGUGGGGGCUUCACGGUCGGGCAGUUGUACCUCCGUCGGGAUUUGCUGUGCGGCUUCCACCUGUGCGGGACCUGCUACCAGGUGUCUGCCGCCGGGACCGGCUCCACCGCACGUGUGGUCAUCCCCACGGUCCAGGCCAUCCAGGCAUUCUUCUUCAACUUCUGGUCGGACAACAACAACAUGGCCGACCAUUACUACGUGUCGCAGACGGCCCUGCGAAUUAUCGAGAACUUGCUCGGCAGCUCUGAGCGCGACAGCAUCAUCAAAAUGGCCCUCAACUCCCCGGGGUCCAUGUCCUUCUACCCGAAUGAGAUGAGCGUCUUCACCCACCCGAAGGUCGCCGACACGGACCGCCUGCUCGAUCACUUCGGCACGGGCACCGACAGCAGUCCCACCCUGCCAUCGGACAUCUUCUGCGCGGUUGCCACCAUCGCACUGGCUGGCUUCCUGCAGGAGCACUUGAACGCCAACCGCAAGUCAACUGUCGAGGUGACCAUUGUCCACACCGAGGCCGAGCUGCCCCUCUUGGAGAUGGCCAUCCAGGUGGCCGGGACCCGGCCGGCUUUGGCGCUCCUUCCCCUGGAGACCUAUGUGCAGGAGCGUCUCGGCCUGUCGACGGAUGUGAUUGCCAGGCUGCCGGACGGCAGCAAGACGCUGCCCGCCUCCAAGACCGGGGCCGAUCCCAUCAUCUAUUAUCCACCCUACUGGUCGCCCGGGCAGCUGGACCAGUUUGCCGGCUUUACCGCCACCGGUACUCUCUCCGUGUCGGCCAAUCGAUCGCGUUCGGUGGCCACGGUGGACCUCUCAGCGCGAGACUACGAGCGCCUGCGCCACCUGUCCAUCGCCCCGUCGGCCGGGCAGCGCGAAAUCCUCGCCCGGAUGCCGGUGGGCUUGGUGCGCACCGGGGCCGAAAGUUUGGCCUCUGAUCUGACAGUUUCCUCGGCCGAGCGCGCCGGCAGUGACGCCCCCCCGCGCGAGGGUGAGAAUGAUGAGGAUGUCGCCGUUGACGAGAUUGAAAGUGACUCCUCGCACAUGCGCUUCCUCAUCGUCGGCAUGGACUUCCGCAAUCGCGCUCUCCAUGGUGACCGCGUCAUCAUCGCCCCCCUUCCCCGGGCCGAGUGGCUGGAGCUGGAGCAGGUCGCCUGUCCUCGGCUUCGCGGGUACCUGACCCGGUACCGGGGCCUGCCGCAGGCACGCGUGGUUGGCAUUGCCGCUCGUAGCCGGGUCCCCCUGACCGCGGUGCUGAAGCCGGCAUCCGGCAGCUUCGGCCACGAGGUCCACCUCGGGACAAAGGUCUUCCAGGCGGUGCCGGCCGACCGGCGCCUACCGGUCAUGAAUGUCUGCUUGGCCGGGGCCCGGGCCACGCGACUGCUCGAAGCCCCGGGCGGGCAUCGGUUUGUCCUGACAGUCAGCUCCUGGCCGGUGACUUCGCGCUUGCCGAAUGCCCUCUUCGUUCGGGAGCUCGGGCCAUCGCACACCAAAUCCUCGCGCCUGCUGGCCCUGCUGACCGAGUAUGGGCUGUUGCAUGAAUCGCACUUCGAGGCCCUGGCCAGCCUCGGCUCCGAGGAGGACAUGUAUGGCCCACUGCGAGACAUCGCCCAGCUGCUGGGUAGCCAGUCGAGCGUGCACGAUCGCGACGUCCUGCAUGCGGAUGGUCGCCUGGCCCUCAGCUCGGACAUUGGCGAUUCCUUCGGGUGCGCCCAGCGGUGGGACAUGACCUCCCUGCUGGACCCCUUCUGCAUUGACCCGCCUGGGUGCACGGACAUCGAUGAUUCGCUGUCGGUGCGCCUGGUGACCGCCAUUCCGCGGGUGUCUUGCCAGCCGGUCGCCGGCCGGCCGGAUUCGGAGCAGAUCCUGUAUGCCGGGCCGCUGGGCGAGUUGGUGCCCACCUAUGCCGGGUCCGUCCCGGAGGUGACGCGCUGGAGCGACGCCGAGGGAGCCAAUGUGCGCGGUCUGCACACGGACCAACGAGAGGGGCUGCUGGUGGAGAUGGGCGUGCACAUUUCCGACGUCACUUCCAUGAUCCUGUCCGACUCGCCGCUGGAUCUCCAUGCGCGGAUUCGGACCGCCACCAUCUACUUCCAGGACUUCAGCCUGCCAAUGUUGCCGCGAGUCCUGUCGUCGGGGUUGCUGUCGCAACUGCCCGGCCAAACCCGACCGGCCUUUUCCAGCUUCUUCUACUUCCGCCUGCAGGAUUUGGCCCCCCUGCGGCGUGACCCCCCCCGGGCGGGGGAGCUGCUGCCAGUUCUGCGGCCCGUGGCCGUGCGCUUUGCCCGGACGCGCAUCGCCUCGCGCAUGUCCUUCUCUUACGGCGAGGCACAGCAGGUGGUCAGCCAGUACUUCGCACGGGCUGAUCCCAAGGCCAUCGCGGUGCAGCCGGACGAUCGGACGUACCUGCCAGCGGACAGGCCCUUCCGGCCGGCCGAACGCCUGGCUCCCCCGGCCGGGGUGGCCCCCGGAGACACGCGCCCGGAGCAGCGCACCUCCGUCCUAAAUGCCCUGCUUCUGAUGAUGCGCCUAUACCGGCAGUUGAGUGCCACUCGGGCGCGGCUUGGUGGUCUGCAGCUGUCGGCCAUCCCACUCAAGUUCGAGGUCAAGUCGCGCGCGGCCAUGGCCGACAUGCUGUCCGACGAGACGUCCCUCGAUGGGGUGAGUCAGGAGUCGGAAAAUGAGCUGGAGCGCCUGAUUGCCGAGUUCAUGAUCUUCACCAAUUGCCAGGUGGCCGAGUACAUCUCCGGGGCCUUUGCUCGUAUGGGCGGUCGCAUGGGCGGGUCCCUGGUUCGUGUGCAUCGGUUCCAAACGCAAACCGAGAAUGCCGGCCUGGCGGCCGCCCUACGCGCCCUUGGUUACGACAUCGAUGGUCGCACGGCUACGGCCUUCUCCUUCAUGUUCACCGAUCUGCAGCAACGCCUCCGGGACAGUCACCAGGAAGAUGCCCCGAGUAUCCUGGCCGUCCUGGGCCAGCUGGCCCUCACGCGCUUCCUGCCCGCUGAGUAUGUGGAUUCCAGUGCGCCGGAGUUCUCGGCCGCGGCGGCUGGCAAGAAAAAGCGCCCGGACGGCGAGGAGGAUCCGCUCGGGCCGUUUGGGCAUUUUGGCCUGGGUGUUCGCAUGUAUACCCACUUCACUGCCCCCAUCCGCCGGUACCCGGACAUCAUUGUUCACCGGCAACUACUGGCGGCAAUGGUCAUCUCUGCAGGCAGCCUGGCCGCGGGGAUCCCCCCGGCCGAGCCUCUGCCCGAGUCCCUGGCCGUCGGGUUGUUGGAGCGCGAGCCCCUCUUGCGUGAAUGCCUGUCUUCCUCGCGGCAGGUCCGCUUCACUGAGCCUGCGCCGGAUGCCACUGGGCCUACCGAGGAGGCUGAUGGCAUUGUCAAGGCCAGCACUGGCGUGACCAAGUCCGGCCCUGAGGCUGUGGUCGCCUUCGGGUCGAAUCAGCUGCACCUUUUUGCGCAGUUCCUCAACGAGAAGUCCAAGGCCAUCAAGUAUGCCGGUUUCGAAUCCCGGCGUCUCGAGAUGGCCCUCUUCCUGCAGGACCUGCUUAAGCGCUACGGGCGCAUCGUCUUGCCGGCGGUCAUUUCGCGUUUUGUCGCCAACGACGACACCGACUCCCCGGCCCUCAAUCACAUCCAGCUGUCCAUCCCGUCGCUGGGCAUCAGCGACCGUCUGUCCCUGCCGCUGGUGGAUGGAGUCCCGUCGGUGGUUUUGGGGCCAGGCGGGGCCGGUGCGCGGCCCCUGUCGGAAUGGGUUCUGUCGGCCGACACCGCGCGGCUCGCUCCUCGGGACCCGGGCGCUGGGCGCGGCCUCCAGGUGCUAGACUGGGUGCUGGUCAGUGUGGGGUUCUCGGCGCGCGAGACGGCCGGCGGCUCCCCGGCUGCCAAGGGCCUGGAUGCUCCUCAGCGCCCGACCGGCGAGGAGGGUGCCCUGGUCGAGGUGGACCUCGGGUCGGUGGUCCGGCCGGUUCCUCGGCCCUACUUUACUCUGGUUGGCCGGUUGGAUGACGCUUCGCGCAGCCUGAUUUCCCGGGUGCCCGAGCUCGGCCAGACCAGCGACCUCGCCACCGUCCAGCGGGUGUGUGGUGCGCGCGUGGCCGACAAGGCCGAAGCCGCCCCGCCGGCGCCGGCCGGCCUGCCAGGUCCGGCGGUUGUGGUCCAGGCGCCGUUGGCAUCCGACCGUCCGACCCUCUCGCGGACCAAGCGUCGGAAGGAGGCUGCCCUGUCGAGUGCGGCCAGCAACUCGGUGUAUGCCACUUUGCGCCAAUUGCAUCAGGCCCUCGACCAGACCCGGGUCUUCCACUCGGCUUUCGCUGCCCCGGGGCUGUCACAGACGGCCCUGCCGUCCGAAGCCCAGGUUGAGGAGGAAGCCCCCGAGCCUGCGGACGGCUGAGAUCUGUGCCGGUGUGUGUGUGUGUGUGUGUCUGUACAUACACCUCCAUGCUCCCGUUCUCCCUUCCCGUCUUUCUUGCUCAAAGCGUCGUGCCGAAGUGUGUGCCCGAAGAGAGACAGGCCCAAAGGCAGCCUUUCUCCCAGCUGGCCGCCUCUCUCAUGGCGUGCUGCCGGAAAAGCAAUACAGAGUUAAGAGAUGUCUUCCGGU